GGGGCGACGGCUGGUGGGCGUGACAUCAUCGCUGGGCGCCGCGCCGUGACCUCUCGGCGUGCGGCGAUGCUGCAGCUUGUCCGCGCCGGGGCGCGGGCCUGCCUGCGACCCCCGGGCUGCCGGGGCCUGACCGCGCGGACGGAAGAAGCGGUGCGGCCGGCGCAGAGGUCCGAGCCGGUGGCGAGCUCGGGGCUGCAGGCGCCGGUGCUCCGCCAGUGCGAGUUUCCCGUCCCUGCGCACCGGCGCCCGGUGCAGGCCUGGAUCGAAUCUCUCCGGGGCUACGAUCAGGAGCGCGUGGGCUUGGCCGAGCUGCACCCCGACGUCUUCUCCGUGGCGCCCAGGCUGGAUGUCCUGCACCAGGUGGCCAUCUGGCAGAAGAACUUCAAGAGAAUUAGCUAUGCGAAGACCAAGACCCGGGCAGAGGUGCGGGGCGGAGGCCGGAAGCCCUGGCAGCAGAAGGGCAGCGGGCGGGCGCGGCAUGGCAGUAUCCGCUCCCCCAUCUGGCGAGGAGGGGGCGUCGCCCACGGCCCUCGGGGGCCCACCAGCUACUAUUACAUGCUGCCCAUGAAGGUUCGCGUGCAAGGCCUCACCGUGGCGCUGACGGUCAAGCUGGCCCAGGACAACCUGCACAUCGUGGACUCCCUGGAGCUGCCCACAGCAGACCCCCAGUACCUGACGGAGCUGGCGCGCUACCGCCGCUGGGGGGAUUCGGUGCUCCUGGUGGACUUAGAGUAUGAGGACACGCCGCAGAACAUGGUGGAGGCUGCCUCGGCCCUCAAGACCUUCACGCUGGUGCCCGCAGUUGGCCUGAACGUGCAUAGCAUGCUGAAGCACCAGACGCUGGUCCUGACGCUGCCCGUGCUGGCGCACCUGGAGCAGAAGCUGCUGUGGCAGGGGUCGCGCUAUACCCCACUCUACCCCUUCCGCCUGCCCUACCGCGACUUCCCCCUUGGGCCCCCAAAGGACCCUCAGGGCAGUGGCCCUUAGCCCCCUAUUCUGGAGCCUGGCCUUGCUCCAGGACCCCAGGAUGCGGCUUAGCACAGCCCAAGCCCGGAGGGCUCCACCCCCCCAACCGGCAACCAGUGGGGACCCUCGCCACUCUCAGACAGGUGGGGUGCACUCACUCAGGGCCCAACUCCCUGCUGUUCCCGAGAGAGUCGGCAUCUGGGGCAGGGACACGGUGCCAGCCCUCCCAGGGCUGAUGGGGUCCCGAGCACCCCGAGGCAGGCGGUAGGAAAGUGCGAAUAAAAAUGUUUUUAA